AUGGCAACCAAUCCAAUCGACUUGAAAUGCAUUUCUCAAAUGUUUUUCUCCCGCUUAACUUUCCUUAAAGUUAAUCAAAAUUUAGAUUCUGAAGAAUUGCAUUUGCUACCACGAAAUUUGAAAGUUUUUCUUGGGGGUAUAUUGAAAACAAGUUUGUUGCAAAUGAAAUUAGAAUUCCCUCAAACUUUGGAAAAAUUAUAUUUAGAAGUUGACUGUAGAGAUGGAGAUAGAGAUCUAGAGUGUGAAUUUGAUAUUGCCCAUUUAAUUAAUUUAAAUGAUGCUAGAAUUGAACCACCGAGUGACCAUAGUGGUCUUAUAACCAGAACUUCAAUGCCUGGAUUCUGGAAACUUCCAAAAAAUUUGAAGAAGUUAUGUAUUUCCCAUAAUCGAAUGAUCUCAGGUAAAUUAGAAACAGUUUGCACUAGCUUAAUGGAGUUGAAAAUUGAAGAACGCUAUGCAGGUGAUAAUAAGGAUUUCAUUCAAGGUUUGAGUAUUCCGGAAAGCGUAAAAGUGUUAUCAAUUCCUUAUUUCUUUCUUAGUUACAAAAAAGAAUUGGUUUCGUUAGACUAUUUAAAAGACCAUCCACAACUUCGAAAUAGAGUGAAAUUUCCUGAUGGAUUAAUCAAAUUAACAAUAACCGGACAUAAUGAUAUUCGAAGAACUAUGGUUCUAGAUUUUCAUGUCAACAAAUUGCCCAAACUCGAGGAGCUAUCAUUAUUAUUUCCAGGACACGUGAACGUCUUUGGAAAGUUCCCUAAAACCAUUAAGAAAUUUAUACAGCAUAACUAUCCUUGUUUCAGCAUUGGAACAAUGAUGUCGGUUAAAACGUUUGAUAUGAAUAAAUUUAAGGAGAUGGAGAGUCUUACUGAGAUUAAGUUGGAGAAUGUCUACAAAAGAAAUAAAUGCCAUUACAAAGUUCCCGCUAGUCUACGUCGCUUCUCAUACCUUGAAAGUGAACUUACUAGAGUUCACAUAGAUGCUCCCAAGCUUGAAUAUUUGAACCUAAGUAAAAAUAAGUUUUACCAUCCUGAUAAUGUGAAAUUUGUCCUACCAGAUAACCUCAAGCAAUUGAUUCUUCAAAAAUGUUCCAUUUUUGAAUUUUCACCCGCGCUACCAGAAAACUUACACUAUUUGGACCUAACUGAUAAUAAGCUUCGAGCUAUUGAGAAUCUUCCAGAUAAUUUAAAGGAGUUAAAAUGUGAGUCUAAUCGACUAGGAGAAUCAGAUUCAGUUUCCACAUUCCCAACGGGCUUGGUUCGUCUUAAUUUGAGAAACAAUCGCGAUCUUACAGGCAAGCAUAUCGAGACUCUGAAUUUAUCACAAUGUCACAACUUGAGAUUCCUAGAUUUAUCAGGUGCAAAGUUGGAGAAAUUGAAUUUGGACUCAUUGCCAGGAGGUUUGCAAAAAAUAGACCUAUCAAGUUGUCAGUUAUCUUCCCUUGAUGGAAGCUUUUUACGAUUUCAAGCUCUCGAAGAGCUUUACUUAAGUCUUAACGAACUAGGUGGUUACUUUCAUAAUGCUUUCAAAAAUCAUGGCUCUCUAUUUGGUAGCAAGAUCAAGAUAGUGAACGUUUCUGGUAACAGAUUACAACCCAUCGAAGUUAAGUUAUUACAGAAUGAAUUAUCGACCAAACCAUCAUUUAAGAAUUUAAUUUUUGACAGAGAUUUAGCCAAACAACCAGUACCAAGAAGUAAUCCUCCAGAUGAGGUGGUUAAUCUUGGCACCCCGUUGGAUAGCAAUAGACCCAAGAAACAACGAAAACUCAAUCAGUAA